UCAAAGUCUUGACAUUUCAAAACGUGAGCUAAAAAGACUAAAAAGAUCUUCAUUCAAAACUUCAACGUUUAAUUCACUUUGGCAUUCGCCAAUCGAACUCUGAACCACCAUAAAGGAUUCUGCAUGUUGUAUUAAAGACUUCUGUUCAAAAUGGACUCGGAUUUACAGACCCUUGUGGGAUAUUUGCAGCAGACGUUGUCUCCCGACACAACGAUAAGAAAACAGGCUGAGAAGUUUCUUGAAUCAGUGGAGGGAACACCUAACUUUGCUAUUAUGUUGCUAAAGAUCACAAACAAUCAGAAUGUGGAUAUGACCAUAAGAGUGUGUGCUACCGUUACAUUUAAAAACAUGGUUAAAAGAUGCUGGAGAAUUAUUGAAGGAGAACCAAUUAAAAUAAAUGAAGCAGAUAGAGCUGCAGUGAAAAGAGAAAUAGUUGAUUUAAUGCUGAAGAGUCCAGAGAAACUGCAAAAACAGUUAAGUGAUGCUAUCAGUAUCAUUGGACAUGAAGAUUUUCCAAAGAAAUGGGACACCCUUUUACCUGAAAUGGUCAAGAGACUUGAAAGUGGUGAUUUUCACAUCAUUAAUGGAGUCCUAGUCACUGCACACUCUUUAUUUAAAAGGUAUCGGCACGAGUUCAAAUCACAAGAGCUUUGGGAGGAAAUCAAGUUAGUUUUGGAACAGUUCGCUCAGCCACUAACAAACCUGUUCAAGGCCAUUUUGGAGAAUGCAAAUAAAUGUGGUGGGGAUCACAAGACUCUACAAGUUAUCUUCAGCUCUAUUCUUCUUAUAUGCAAGCUUUUCUACAGUCUAAACUUUCAGGAUUUACCAGAGCAUUUUGAGGACAACAUGGAAGUUUGGAUGAAGAAUUUCCUCAUACUGCUGUCACUUGACAACAAGAUACUUGACCCAGAAGAUCGCGAAGAUGCCAGCCUUCUGGAACUUGUCAAGUCACAAAUUUGUGACAAUGUUGCACUUUACGCCCAGAAAUAUGAUGAAGAAUUUGAGUCCUAUCUCCCUGAAUUUGUAAAAGCCAUCUGGAACUUGCUAAUAACAACAGGAUCACACGUCAAGCAUGAUCUGCUUGUUAGCAAUGCCAUCCAGUUCCUAGCCUCAGUAACUGAAAGGCCUAACUACAAGAACCUAUUUGAAGCUCAAGACACCUUACAGAGUAUUUGUGAAAAAGUGAUUGUUCCCAACAUGGAGUUCAGAGAUGAAGAUGAGGAGAUAUUUGAAGAUAAUCCAGAAGAAUACAUCAGACGAGAUAUAGAAGGAUCAGAUGUCGAUACCAGAAGAAGAGCUGCAUGUGACCUCGUGAGAGGCUUAUCAAAGUUCCAUGAACAACCAGUUACUGCUAUAUUUCAUCAUUAUGUGAUGGUAUUGUUGGAGCAAUACCAGACAUCCAAUCAAAAGAACUGGAAGUCCAAGGAUGCUGCUAUCUUCCUAGUCACCUCACUGGCAUCUAAAAAACAAACUGCAAAGCAUGGCACCACAAAAGCAAGCGAGUUCUUCAACUUGCAGGACUUUUACACCAAAUACAUUUAUCCUGAGCUUGAGAGAAAGAAUGUUGACGAACAUCCUGUCCUGAAGGCAGACUCCAUUAAGUAUGUUAUAACAUUUAGAAGUAUGCUUUCUCGUGAGAUAUUAGUGAAUACGAUACCAAUUCUAAUGCAACACCUCAAGGCUAAAAGUAUGGUUGUGCAUACCUAUGCUGCGCACUGCUUGGAGAGACUUCUUACACUCAAGAAUCCUGGUGGAGGAGUACCAAUAACUAAAGAAGAAGUUACUCCUAUUGUCAAUGACUUAAUUCAGAAUUUGUUUGGUACUCUCACCAUACAUGGCUCUGAGGAAAAUGAAUAUGUCAUGAAAGCAAUAAUGAGGACACUGUCCCUACUACAAGAAACCAUUUUACCAUUCCUGGAUCCUGUUUUGCUUAAGAUAUCUGAAAAGCUUGUGUUAGUUGCAAAGAAUCCCAGUAAGCCCCACUUUAACCAUUACUUGUUUGAGAGUAUUUGCUGUAUGGUCAGGACCACGUGUGCAUCUAACCCUCAACUUGUUGCAAAGUUUGAGCUGGCCCUCUUUCCCAUUUUCCAGGAAAUCCUCAGCAAUGAUGUGACAGAAUUCCUACCUUAUGUAUUCCAAGUGUUAUCGCUGUUGCUGGAGAUUCGACUGGAUGACAUUCCUGAACCAUAUAUGCAGCUUUUCCCAUUAUUGCUGACUCCUUUACUAUGGGAACGUACAGGGAAUAUUCCACCGUUAGUGAGGCUGUUACAGGCUUAUAUCCAAAAGGGCAGUAAGCUGAUAAUAGCUAGUAACAGUUUGGAUGCUAUUCUGGGUGUGUUUCAAAAGCUUAUUGCAUCAAAAUUGAAUGACCAUGAAGGAUUCUAUUUACUGAGUAGUAUGGUUGAAAACAUGGACAGGGUGGUCCUUGUCAACUACAUACCUAAAAUCUUCAUAUUGCUUUUCCAUCGCCUUCAGAGCUCCAAGACUACAAAAUUUGUCAAAGGUCUUCUUGAGUUUUUCUGUUUAUAUGCUGUCAAGAACACUGGGACAGACCUCAUUGAUAUUGUUGAUGGCAUUCAACCAAAACUAUUUGGGACAAUAAUUGAAAAGUAUUUCAUCCCUGAUAUUCAGAAGGUCUCAGGUGACAUGGAAAGAAAAAUAUGUGCUGUGGGUAUAACCAAACUACUGUGUGAACCAACAGCAACUUGGUCAAGAUAUCCAGAUCACUGGGGCCGGUUACUACAAGCAUUGAUUCAAGUAUUUGAACUUCCAAAAGAUGAUUCUGUUCCAGAUGAUGAGCACUUUAUUGAGAUAGAGGACACACCAGGAUAUCAGACAGCUUACUCCAAGUUAAUAUAUGCUGGUAAAAAUGAGAAUGAUCCGUUUGGAGGAGGCAUUCCCAAUGCUAAACUGUAUCUAGUCCAGUCACUGGUGACUCUUUCACAGGCAAACCCAGGAAAGGUAAUGCCAAUUAUAACUGAAAAACUGCAUCAGGAUGCCGUUACAUUCUUACAGAAAUACCUACAAGAAGCAGGUUUAGGUUUGAGCUGAUGCAGCUACCUUGAAAAUGCUACUUAAAAACUUUGACCUCAAGAAGGAAGGAAGUAGGGAAGUAAGAUGAGGAAAAGACUCUGGGAAUCCUGACUAGACCAGAAUAUUUGUGUGUUGGGACAAAAGGUUUAACUGUAACCUGAAAUGGGAGAAGUUUGAUAUAAAGUUUGCAGAACUAAGAAAAAGCAAUAGAAAUAUUAGUAAAAUGUUUAUGUACUGAAACACUUAACUUUAUAGGUUAAGAUAACUGAGAUAACACAACACUUCAUGUAAUAUUUCAAAGCCUCCAAUAUCGGACUGGACAAGAUUUCAAGUCCAAGCAAUAAUUAGUUACAGUCCAAGGCAAAGCCAAGGACUGGAACUAAUUGCGCGGACUUGAAAUCUCGUCCAGUCCGAUAUUGGAGGCUUUGAAAUGACUUCUCAUGCUCAUUAAUUAUUUGACUUGGAGUAGCUGGAACAAAAUUAAUUCAGUCCUAGUUCAUUGCAGUUACUACAGAAUCUUUUCUUAGUUUCCAGUAGCAUCAUGUGGUCCAAAUACAUCAAUGGGAUUGGCUCCUUUCCUCAUAAAUAAUGAGUAAGAGAAAGAUAUUUCAUAAUUAUUAGUGUGUAUUUUACUGGUAAAUGUAACACUCUGUAACAAAGGUUCUGCUUGUAUUGCCACAGUACUUAGCAUUCAUCAUGUCAAAUUUUGUAAUAUCUAUGAUUAUUCGUACAACCAAGAUUGCUUAUUGUCUUUGAUAGGACAGAACAAAUAAAAUAGUAUUUAACUUACUGCAGUGAACCUCAAAA